UCUAAACAAAUAAAAAAGUGGGGUUAACAAUCAGAAAUCAAGAAACGACGUGUGCAGUAUAGAGGAGCGAAACAUCCAAGAAAAAGAAAGAUGACACGACAGUUAGGUAGCUUGGCAACUGCAUCAAUAAGUCAUGUAAUUCAAAUCAUGAAUUAGUUCGUUUUUAUGUUUUAUGUACACCAACCUCAAAUAUCAUCAAAACAAGAUAUAUGUGCAUAUAUCCUAAUAAAUGAAAAUUUUAUAUGCACAAAAUAUAAAACACAUGAAUCAAAAUCGCUAGAAAGAGAAUUUCCGAAAAAAAACCAAGGAACAAAAUCACCAGUAAAACAAAGCUUCAGAUAAAAAGGCCAGCUUUGUUUCGUCUACUGUUUAUGCGGCCUCUCAGUCAACUCUAUGAUCAUCGUCCCUCCCUUUCUCUCCAGACCUACCUUUGAACAUCACCAACACGACGUCGUUGAAGCAACUGAACAACCAGCAGCACUUCUUCUCCAACCUCCUCCACCAUCGGUCUUCCUCAUCACGCGCCUCCGCCAUCGGCUGCAGGUAGGCCCAUGCUGCGUGCUGCACUAGAGGAUCCUUGAUCGGAAUCUCCCUCCAGCUACUGCUGGUCGGAGACGCCGUAGACGGUGGGGACGCAGGCAGCAGGUCCUUCAAGCUGGUGUAGCUCAUGCUCUGGAAAGCAAUCAUCUCUAUAUCGUGGGAGUAGUGAUUAAUGGCGUUAGAGAAGGGUGAGGUUUGAGGGCUUAAUGGGAAAUCAAUCAAAUUAUGGUGAUUAAUAAGAGGGUUUUCCAUAAUAGAAGAGGAGUUGGAUUAGGAUUGAGGAAACCUAAUGAGGAUUAAUAUUUGAUGAGUGAGUUCUAACAGAGUUCUACUAUCGCGGAGCAGAGAAUUUCGGUGUACGUUGGAGAGAGAGGGGAUUGUUGGUUGCGAGUAGUGAUUUAGGUGAGUGAGAGUGAAGGAGGGGGUAGGGUCCACGCGCAGUGGAGAAAAGGGUAACGUGAGGACACGUGUUGAGGAAGUGCCCAUAUGGACAAAGAAACAAAGGGGUUCAUCAACUAAGCUAACAACAAUCAAGAUGCGGGAAGCCAGUGAUGCUGAGUAUGUAGGUUUGGAGGAUGGAGUCUCUCCCAAAUCGGAAACUUUUAGUAAGGUUUCAAUUGUACCUCUUGUUUUUCUGAUUUUUUAUGAGGUAUCUGGGGGGCCAUUUGGUGUUGAAGAUAGUGUCCAGGCAGCUGGUCCUUUUUUGGCAUUGCUUGGUUUUGUGCUGUUUCCGUUUAUAUGGAGUGUGCCUGAAGCCUUAGUAACAGCUGAAUUGGGUACCAUGUUCCCUGAGAAUGGUGGAUAUGUGGUUUGGGUUUCAUCAGCUUUGGGUCCUUUUUGGGGAUUUCAGCAAGGUUGGAUGAAGUGGCUUAGCGGAGUCAUUGAUAAUGCACUUUAUCCUGUUUUGUUUUUGGACUAUGUAAAAUCAGCUGUGCCAAUUCUGGAAUAUGGUUUACCCCGGACGGUUGCAAUUCUGGUGCUGACUGCUGCACUGACCUACAUGAACUACAGGGGUUUAACCAUUGUUGGAUGGGCUGCUAUACUGUUAGGAGUAUUUUCUCUGCUUCCUUUCUUGUGUAUGGGAGUUAUAGCAAUUCCUAAAUUAAAGCCUUCAAGAUGGUUUGAGCUUGAUUUGAAGAAUGUGAACUGGGCAUUAUACUUAAAUACCCUAUUCUGGAAUUUGAACUAUUGGGAUUCAAUUAGUACUCUAGCUGGAGAGGUAGAAAAUCCUGGUCGAACACUCCCCAAGGCUCUAUUUUAUGCCCUUAUAUUGGUUGUACUAGGAUACUUUUUCCCUCUCUCGAUUGGCACUGGGGCUGUUCCACUAAAUCGUGAUGAGUGGAGAGAUGGAUAUUUCUCGGAUGUUGGAAAAAUUGUUGGAGGGGUCUGGUUGAGAUUUUGGAUCCAAGUUGCUUCUGCUGUAUCAAAUAUGGGGAUGUUUGUGGCUGAGAUGAGCAGCGACUCUUUUCAACUUCUUGGGAUGGCAGAACGUGGGAUGCUUCCUGAGUGCUUCGCAAGGAGGUCUCGCCAUGGAACGCCUUUUGUUGGAAUUUUGUUCUCUGCUUCAGGUGUAGUACUGCUUUCGUGGCUUAGCUUUCAAGAAAUUGUUGCUGCGGAGAACUUUUUGUACUGUUUUGGAAUGAUCAUGGAAUUUAUAGCUUUUGUCAAGCUAAGGAUUGAUCAUCCAGCAGCAUCUCGACCAUAUAAAGUUCCUGUGGGUACCACUGGAGCAAUUCUAAUGUGUAUUGCUCCAACUUUACUAAUAUUGGUUGUUCUGGCCCUAGCUUCUUUCAAAGUCAUGGGUCUUAGCCUGUUUGCUGUCCUAAUAGGGCUUAUCCUACAACCUUGCUUAAAGUACACUGAGAAAAAACGGUGGCUCAGAUUUUCUGUGAGCUCUGACCUUCCGGAUUUCCUCUCUACUGCUCAGGACUAUAGAGCCAUAUACUGAACGUGUGGAUGAUGAAGCUAAUUCUCUCUAUUAUAAGUUGAUUCUCUUUUGCUGCCGUGUUGUGAUUAUUUGUCUCGACAAUGUCUUAACUAUUACUCUAUAAUUAUUGGAAAUGCCGGGUUUCUUGGAUUGGGACAUAUGGCAGGUGAGUUCCAGAAUGCUGGAAGAAGGGAAUGUAAACAUUUGAGUUGGAAAUUUUGUCGUACUGGGACCACAACUCCUGCUGUUUGCCUUACUGAUGAAGAUUUCCAAUUAAACUAGAAGGCAAGCUGCAUUUUACGGAAAAUGCGCAUAAGUUAUCAGCAAUAGAGAAUUUCCUCACAGGUUUUAUAACUCAGAAGGGCGUCUCAUGCGAUUGUAAUGUAGAUGCAUGCUGCACAAGGGAGGGAUUCAUCUUGCUUCAACUCUGUCAUUAUGCAUGAUUCUUUUGUUUAUCAGUGUAAUGUUGUCUUGCUUCGAUUCUGUCAUUAUGCAUAGGAUAUUUCAUUUGUCAGUGUAAUUUCUAGGAUUCUUCAGCAGUGAUCUGUGUUUGCUUUUGUUUUGAGCAAAAUCCCCUGAAUGAUGGCGUGGUUAUUGUUGA